UGCUCUCUUAAUCUUACAACCGACUUCCUACUAUCUACGUUCAUAAUGAAGCUUUCCUACGUGCUCACUGCUGUACUUGCUGCAGCUCAAGUUCAAGCAACGACUAUAUUUUGCCAGUGUCGCACAUUAAACAAACAUGGCCGUCAAGUGAGUUGGCCAUCCGACACUCGGGAAACGUGUCGUACGCAUGGGGGGGACAUGUAUAACUCAGCAUGGUGCGAGGUCGACAUGCCAAAUGGUAGAUCGUGGGAAUCGUGGUGGUCAGGGUCGUGUGAUAGCUUUGGCCACUGCGAACACAGUCGGCCCAACGUCUGAUCACUAGUAUAUAAGGGAGCAGGUUACCUAUUACAAUUAACGGGAAUGAUAGGCGAGCAAGACACAGCUGCGCCAAUGAGACGGAAUGGCUUCCAUAUCAACCUAAAC